UCCACUCUUGACCUUCUCUCACCUGGAGUCCUCACACACUCUGAGGAGUUUUUGUCAACAUCUAACCUUACUGCAACUUUGAACACAUCUGAGGCUUUAUUAGUUUUAGCAGAAACAUGUUUCUGUCGGCUCUGAAUGUCAUCACCUUGSUGUGUUUGUCUUCACUUCAUCCUACUUCUGGACAGGACUGUCCCAACAGACAGGAACUCCAAGGUUCUCUGAAGCAGGUCCAGAAGCUUUUAUCAGCCCAUGAAGCCACAUGCCUGCAGAGUCUACGCAGCCUGAAGAAGAAAAUUAAUCUGCUGCAGAGCAGUGCGGGGAAGCAGACAACAAAAACCAUAAACAGUACCUGCCCAAAACUGGACGCUCCCAUCAAUGGGAGAAAACUGGGCAAAUCCAACAGCGUGGGCCACGAGCUCCACUUCCUGUGCGACCCUGGUUAUGAGCUUGUGGGCUCAGAGAGCAGAGUUUGUCAGGAAAGCCUGACCUGGAGCAGCCAGCAGCCCACAUGCAGAGACAUCAAUGAGUGUUCUUCAUCUCCCUGCAUGAAUGGAGGGACCUGUGUGGACGAGGUGAACCAGUUUUCUUGUGUCUGUGCCAAAGGUUGGGCUGGAGCGACCUGUCAAAGCCCUGUUCCCACCUUUUUUAUCACCACCACAAACACUUCCGCUGCCUCUGCUGCUACCACCUUAACAGCUGCCACCGGUGGGCCUCACGUUCGUCCAUCAAGCUGCUCCACCGUGCAGGGGACCACCCACUGCACCUGUGAGCCCGGAUUCACCAUCUCUGCCAGAGACAGCUACACCUGCAUGGAUGUAGAUGAAUGUGAGCUCUUCCAUAAUGGACCAGCAGGGAGGUUGUGUUUACAUAAGUGCGUUAACACUCCUGGAGGCUAUCGCUGCUCCUGUCCUGCUGGUUACGACUUGACAACUGAUGGGCGCAGCUGUAAAGAUAUUGAUGAGUGUGCCAACAGACAAAACAACUGCACAAGGGACCAGAUGUGUGUUAACACUUACGGUGGUUUCCAGUGUGUUCAUGUUGACUGCCCCAAAGUCCCUCAUGCUACAUACGUCAAGACGUCACCCAUGCGGUGUGAACGUAACCCCUGCCCUGUGGACAACAAAGCAUGUUCCCAGACCCCAAAUUCCUUUUCCUACCAUUACCUGGCUGUUGUGUCCAACCUGUCGGCCCCCCGCGUCAUGUUCAGAGUCUCGGCACUGCGUCCGAUCGGCGACACGCUUCGCUUCGCCUUGCUGGGAGGGAGGCUAGCUCGCCGCCACUUCACGGUUCAGCGCUCAGACCGCCAGACGGGUCAGCUGAUGCUGGUGAGCCCCGUGCAGGGCCCCGCCACUCUGGAGGCCGACGUGGAGAUGAGCGAGCUGGAGAGAAAAGUCCAGCUGGGAAGGUACAUCACCAAAAUCACCAUGUUUGUCUCCCAGUAUGAUUUCUGAAAGAGAAAGAGGAAAACAGCACAAGAAGAAGAGUACGAAAACAAACGGCACUUACAACAGAGUGUAAACACAAAAUCUCCCUGAAAUAAAAUAUUAUUUUUGUAAAUUCUUGUCUUUAUAUUCUGGUUUCGCCACCUGUGUUGUAAACUUUGAUAUUCUUGGCUCCUGUGUGAGAAUUAAAUCUGAUCUAAAUGGUUUGAA